AUGGAAAGACUCAAAACCUUAGACAUAUCACUCAGUGAAAAGCUCGACAGAAUCACAAAUCCAAACCUGCUUUCCUCUACUCAGUCAAAGCUCCUCAUCCGCCCUAAAAUGGAAACUUACUCUUCUCCAGAUUGAACGAAACUUUGAAUUACGAGAAUAAAAAAGAAUAGCAGACAAUCCAAAUUUUCAAGGACAGCAGAUCAUUUUGGCCUCGCCCAAGCCAAUAACACAAUUUUGAAUAAAGAAGGAGUAAGCAGCUUGCAACAAGCUUCUUAUUACGGAAAAGUAAAAAUUAUGAAAAGGCUUAUAAGAGAAGGCGCAGAUGUCAAUCAUGAAGACUGAAGCGGAAACACGGCGCUGCUUUAUGCAAUUCAGUCAAAUCAACCCGAGUCAGUCAGGAUUUUAAUGCAAGUCAAAGAACUUGCAGUUAGCCAAAAAUUUGGAGAUAGACAUGAAACAGCUUUAAUAAAAGCUAUAAAACUUGGCCAUACUGAAAUUGUAAAAGAGCUAUGUAAACGUCCAGAAGCAAUUUUAAAGCAAGAUAUAGAUGGCAGAACUCCUUUAUUUCAUGCAGUAUUAAAAGGAAACUGUGAAAUUGUCCAAACCUUGCUUGAUAUAGGAGGCUCUGAAGAAGACUUGAUUGAUUAUAAAGGACACAACGCAAUUGAGUUAGCCAUAAACAUAGGUGAAAUAGGAACUGUAAGGACUUUAUUGUCAUAUCAUAACCUUGAAAUUACCCAAGCUAUAGGACAAAGUUUACUGAUCCUUGCAUGCUAUAUUAAUGACAUUGAAAUUGUUAAAAGUCUAUUAGCAAGAAAAAUGCCAACACACUGUGUUUGCAAUGAAUCUCAAAAAACCCCAAUUUUUAUAGCCUAUAGUCUUGGAUUUACAGAAAUCGUGUAUCAACUGUUAGAAGUUGCUAAUGCUGAAAUUUUGGACCAUAAAAGCUUAGAAGAUGAUUCAAUUCUUUUGAUGGCUACAAGAAGAAAUGACCAGAUUCUGGUAUCAAAAUUACUUACUCUCCUCUCAUUUGAAUUAAACAUAGGUAAAUUUUUUUGUUGAGUAAGUAACCUCCAUCUAUCCCGAAGCAAAACUUUUUUAAUAUUUUUUUAUUAAUUAUUUUAACCUAAUUUAAUGGAGAGCGUGCAAGUAUAAUGUUAUUUAAACAGUUGGCAUGAUGAAUCCAUUAAUAUUUUUAUUUAAUUCUCUAUAAAAAUAAAUUAGAAUUCAAAAAUAUUGCAUUCAAUUUUAUAUUUUAAUCUUUUAUUUUAUAUUAAUUUCUUUAAAUUGGAAAAGGAAUUUUUGUUAAAAUUUAAAAGGGAAGGAGUUAAAAAAAGGUGCAAAUGCAAAUAUACAGGCACCGUUUAAUAUAACUCCUCUACUUGUCGCUAGUGAAAUGGGACACGAUACCAUAAUUAAGCUGCUUCUGCAAUAUGAAGCUGACCUAGACUUUCAGGAUGUCCAAGGAGAGUCCGCAUUAAUGCUGGCUGUUGCAAAUAAGCAUAAAAAUGCAAUAAAAGUUCUCCUAGAGUACAAACCUUUAACUUGUAUUGUAAACAGCCGGAACAAGCGAGCAGUUGAUUUGACUACUAAUUUGGAUAUCAAAAUGAUGAUUGAAGAAUAUAUGUUUAAUACCCCUGAAAAGCAAAGCCCAGAAUUUAACAUAGAAGUCAAAAGACUUGUUCGUCAGCACUCAAAGCGUCCAUCUACAGUAUCAAAUGAAUCAAUCUUUAAGCUCCUCAAGUCUUCUGCAAAAUAUGAAUAUAUUUAA